CGGGGCGCUAGGGCUCGGCCCGGCCGCAGGUGACCCAGAGGCCCUCGCCGCCCGCAACGCUCCGAGAGCUUUGUGACCAGAUGCGGAGCCGGGUGGAGGGCGCGAGCCAGAUGCGGGGCGACAGCUGACCCGCUGCGAGGAGGCGGGGAGGCGCGGAGCGCGCGGGUGGUCCCUACGCCGCUGACUUCUCCUCUGCCGGUUCCUGGGCACUUCAAGAUCAGCUUCACACAAUGAAGGUCCCCGCUGUGCUUGCACCUGGCAUCCUUGUGCUGCUGUUUACCUGGGUGCUGAGGAGCGAUGGGGAAUGUAAAGAGGCACUAGCGAAGUCCGAGAUGAAUGUGAACAUGAACUAUCAGCUUCCCAACUUCACCGCAGAAACGCCCAUCCAGAAUGUCGUUCUACAUGAGCAUCAUAUUUACCUCGGUGCCACUAACUACAUCUAUGUCUUAAAUGACAAGGACCUUCAGAAGGUGGCGGAGUACAAGACUGGGCCCGUGCUGGAACACCCGGAUUGUCUUCCAUGCCAGGACUGCAGCAGCAAAGUGAAUGUGUCAGGGGGAGUUUGGAAAGAUAACGUCAACAUGGCCCUGCUUGUGGACACAUACUAUGAUGACCAGCUCAUUAGCUGCGGCAGUGUCAACAGAGGGACCUGCCAGCGACAUGUCCUUCCACGCAAUAAUACUGCUGACAUACAGCGAGAAGUCCACUGCAUGUUCUCCUCACAGGCAGACAAAGAGCCAGGACAGUGUCCCGACUGUGUGGUGAGCCCCCUGGGAGCCAAAGUUCUCCUCUCUGUAAAGAACAGGUUCAUCAACUUCUUCGUGGGCAAUACCAUCAAUUCUUCUUACCUUCCAGAUCAUUCAUUGCAUUCAAUAUCGGUGAGACGGCUGAAGGAGACUCAAGAUGGCUUUAAGUUCUUAACAGACCAGUCCUAUAUAGAUGUUUUACCUGAGUUCCGAGAUUCUUACCCCAUUAAGUAUGUCCAUGCCUUCGAAAGUAACCAUUUUAUUUACUUUCUGACAGUCCAAAGGGAAACUCUGAAUGCCCAGACUUUUCACACCAGAAUAAUCAGGUUCUGUUCCGUGGACUCUGGAUUGCAUUCCUACAUGGAAAUGCCUCUGGAGUGUAUUCUCACAGAAAAGAGAAGGAAGAGAUCCACAAGGGAAGAGGUAUUUAAUAUCCUUCAAGCUGCAUAUGUCAGUAAGCCCGGGGCCCAUCUUGCCAAGCAAAUAGGAGCCAACCUAAAUGACGACAUUCUCUAUGGGGUGUUCGCACAGAGCAAGCCAGAUUCUGCCGAACCAAUGAAUCGAUCAGCUGUCUGCGCAUUCCCUAUCAAAUAUGUCAAUGAAUUCUUCAACAAGAUCGUCAACAAAAACAAUGUGAGAUGCCUCCAGCAUUUUUAUGGACCCAAUCAUGAGCACUGUUUUAAUAGGAUGCUUCUGAGAAAUUCAUCGGGCUGUGAAGUGCGCAGUGAUGAAUAUCGAACUGAGUUUACCACACCUUUGCCGCGCAUUGACUUAUUCAUGGGCCAAUUCAACCAAGUGCUCUUAACAUCUAUAUCUACCUUCAUUAAAGGAAACCUCACCAUUGCUAAUCUUGGGACAUCAGAGGGUCGCUUCAUGCAGGUUGUUGUUUCUCGAACAGUAUCAUCCACCCCUCAUGUGAAUUUUCGCCUGGAUUCCCACCCUGUGUCCCCAGAAGUGAUUGUGGAGCACCCAUUAAACCAAAAUGGCUACACCCUGGUUAUCACUGGGAAAAAGAUCACCAAGAUCCCGUUGAAUGGCUUGGGCUGUGGACACUUCCAGUCCUGCAGUCAGUGUCUCUCUGCCCCUCCUUUUGUGCAGUGUGGUUGGUGCCAUGAUCAAUGUGUGCGAUCAGACGAAUGUCCCAGUGGGACUCAGGAGAUCUGUCUGCCUACAGUCUAUAAGGUUUUUCCAACUAGUGCACCCCUUGAAGGAGGGACAAUGCUGACCAUAUGUGGCUGGGACUUUGGAUUCAAGAAGAACAAUAAAUUUGAUUUAAAAAAAACCAAAGUUCUCCUUGGAAAUGAGAGCUGCACCUUGACCUUAAGUGAGAGCACAAAAAAUACGCUAAAAUGCACAGUUGGUCCUGCUAUGAAUGAAAAUUUCAAUCUGUCCAUAACUAUUUCAAACAGUCGGGGCACAGCACAAUAUAGUACAUUUUCUUAUGUAGAUCCUAUAAUAACCAGUAUUUCUCCAAGCUAUGGUCCCAAGGCUGGAGGCACUUUACUUACUUUAACUGGAAAGUAUCUAAACAGUGGGAAUUCUAGACACAUUUCAAUUGGUGGAAAAACAUGUACUUUAAAAAGUGUGUCAAAUAGUAUUCUCGAAUGUUAUACCCCAGCCCAAACCAUUUCAGCUGAGUUUCCGGUGAAAUUGAAAAUUGACUUAGCCAACCGAGAGACCAGCAGCUUCAGUUACCGGGAAGACCCCGUUGUCUCUGAAAUUCAACCAACCAAAUCCUUUAUUAGUGGUGGGAGCACAAUAAUAGGAGUUGGAAAAAAUCUGAAUUCAGUUAGCGUCCCAAGACUGGUAAUAAAUGUGCAUGAAGCAGGAAGGAACUAUACAGUGGCAUGUCAGCAUCGCUCAAAUUCAGAGAUAAUUUGCUGCACAACUCCCUCACUGCAACAGCUGAAUCUGCAACUCCCACUGAAGACCAAAGCCUUGUUCGUGUUAGACGGGAUCCUUUCCAAAUACUUUGAUCUCACUUAUGUACAUAAUCCUGUGUUUAAGCCUUUUGAAAAGCCAGUGGUGAUCUCAAUGGGUAAUGAAAAUGUACUAGAAAUUAAGGGAAAUGAUAUUGACCCUGAAGCAGUUAAAGGUGAAGUGUUAAAAGUUGGAAAUAAGAGCUGUGAGAAUAUACGUUCACAUUCUGAAGCCAUUUUAUGUACGGUCCCCAAUGACCUGCUGAAAUUGAACAGCGAGCUAAAUAUAGAGUGGAAGCAAGCAGUCACUUCAACUGUCCUUGGGAAAGUAAUAGUUCAACCAGAUCAGAAUUUCACAGGAUUGAUUUUUGGUGUUGUCUCCAUAUCAGCAAUACUCUUAUUAUUAAUCGGGCUUUUCCUGUGGCUGAAAAAGAGAAAGCAAACAAAAGAUCUCAACAGUGAUUUAGUUCGCUAUGAUGCAAGAGUCCACACUCCCCAUUUGGAUAGGCUUGUAAGUGCCAGGAGUGUGAGCCCAACUGCAGAAAUGGUUUCAAAUGAAUCCGUUGACUAUCGAGCUACUUUUCCAGAAGACCAGUUUCCUAACUCAUCUCAGAAUGGAUCAUGCAGACAAGGGCAGUAUCCUCUGACAGACCUGUCCCCCAUCCUAACCAGUGGAGACUCUGAUAUAUCCAGUCCAUUACUGCAAAAUAAUGUCCACAUUGACCUCAGUGCUCUAAAUCCAGAGCUGGUCCAGGCAGUCCAGCACGUAGUGAUUGGGCCCAGUAGCCUGAUUGUGCAUUUCAAUGAAGUCAUAGGAAGAGGGCAUUUUGGCUGUGUGUAUCAUGGAACUUUGUUGGACACGGAUGGCAAGAAAAUUCACUGUGCUGUGAAAUCCUUGAAUAGAAUCACUGACAUAGAAGAAGUUUCCCAGUUUCUGACUGAGGGAAUCAUCAUGAAAGACUUUAGUCAUCCCAAUGUUCUCUCACUCUUGGGAAUCUGCCUUCGGAGUGAAGGGUCUCCCCUGGUGGUCCUACCAUACAUGAAGCAUGGAGAUCUGCGAAAUUUCAUUCGAAAUGAGACUCAUAACCCAACUGUAAAAGAUCUUAUAGGCUUUGGUCUUCAAGUAGCCAAAGGCAUGAAAUAUCUUGCAAGCAAAAAGUUUGUCCACAGAGACUUGGCUGCAAGAAACUGUAUGCUGGAUGAAAAAUUCACUGUCAAGGUUGCUGAUUUCGGUCUUGCCAGGGAUAUGUAUGACAAAGAAUACUACAGCGUACACAACAAAACAGGUGCAAAACUGCCAGUGAAGUGGAUGGCUUUAGAAAGUCUACAAACUCAGAAGUUCACCACCAAAUCAGAUGUGUGGUCCUUUGGUGUGCUCCUCUGGGAGCUGAUGACAAGGGGAGCCCCACCUUAUCCUGAUGUGAACACUUUUGAUAUCACGGUUUACCUGUUGCAAGGUAGAAGGCUCUUACAACCUGAGUACUGCCCAGAUCCCUUGUAUGAAGUGAUGCUUAAAUGUUGGCACCCCAAAGCGGAAAUGCGCCCAUCCUUCUCUGAGCUGGUCUCCAGGAUAUCUGCCAUCUUCUCCACUUUCAUUGGAGAGCACUAUGUCCAUGUGAACGCUACUUAUGUGAAUGUGAAGUGUGUCGCCCCGUAUCCUUCUCUGUUGUCACAAGAUAACGCUGAUGGCGUGGUGGACACGUGAAGGAUGGGAACACCACACCCACUUCUGAGCGACAUCAUCGUACUUGCCCUAACAGCAGUCCACACUUUCUCCAACAGUUUUCACUGCCUGGCCUCAGAAAGGCAAUUUGGUAUUUUUUACUUUUUGCCAAAAUUGCACCAGUAUAAGACUUUGUUUUGUUAUUGAAACUGCUGGAUUCUAAGGAAUUUCUUAUCUGACAAAGUAUCAAAAAGAGAAGCUUGGUCUCACAGGCUAGUGACCAAUGGCCACCCUGCCACUAUGACAACACUCCUAUUGCAUUGUAGUCCAAAACCUGAAUUCUGGGUUGAAAUUUCUAAAAACUCAGAAUCCCACUUGAUUUCAUAUGAGAAACUGAUGUAACAAAUUUUGAAGGCUGCUUAAUCACAGAAAAGAAAAGAUAAUAUUGUCUGCGACAGAUAUGGCAGGACCAGGCCACACAUUUAGAAUUCUAGUGUUUAAAAGAAAUAUUGUGUGUUGUUGGUCAUGAACACUUUUUAUUACUGAUGUUGUCAUUCACCAGUUAGGUAGACAUUCUCUUUCAAAUUUUUUGUAUGCAUAUUCCUUUGGUUGGAGGAAUGUCCAUAGACAAUGCAAAGUUUCAAAGUAGCAUGACACAGGUAUGUUUGUAAAUAACAGGGGUAUUUACAUGUUGUACAUAGACAACAUUAGGGAGGUUUUAAUAAAAUAGCUUAAUCACAAUGAAAUAUUUAGUUGUCAUUGAAAAAUCAACUGAGGGGCUAGGGUUGUGGCUCAGUGGUAGAGCACUUGCCUAGCGCAUAUGAGACCUUGGGUCCGAUUCUCAGCACCGCAUAUAAAUAACUAAAAUGAAAGUCUAUUGACAACUAAAAAAAUAUAUUAAAAGAAAAAAAAAUUUAAAUAAACUGAGAAUGAUACUGUUCUGAUCAAAUGAAUGUGGACAUUUGGACAUUUUGUCUUAUUUUUUUAAUGCCAACUUGGAAAAUAAACAAGUAAUUUGUGAUGGUAAAUAUUUUUAAAGGUAACCUAGCAUGUUUUUAAAGUAGAAUACGACUGACUGAAAGGUUCAUUGGUUUCAACCACUGCUCCUGUGUAGAAAAGAAAAUCCUGGCUGUUUCGCCUGGAUGAAUUCUGGUCAGGAAUUUUGCGAUGUUUCAUUCAGUUGAAUUUUGUGCUUACUACUGUAUAGUGCAUGUGCCGUAGAUUACUCUAACUGGUUUUGUUGAUGUAAACACUGAAAGUAUUAUAUUUUUAUAGAAAUGUUUAUUUUUAAUGAUAUAAGAAAAAAAUUGUCGGGCCACAAAAAUACUGCACUGUGAACAUUUCAGAAAAGGUAUGUCAGACUUGGAUUAAUAACAGCAUGAUUUUAAAUGGCUGUAAAUAGUGAUAAGGAAAUGUACCAAUUGCCAAUACACCCCACCCUCAUUAUAUCACCAGAACUCAAAGCCAUGGGUUAACAGAGCAAACUGCAACAAGGGUGUGUUAUGCUGAAACCCAGUAAUUGAGUUCGGCUGUCCUUGCGGAGAAAUGAUUGCAACCAAAUGAUCUUCGACACAAGGAACUGUGCUGCAGAGAUAUAUCAGUUCUACUACUUCCUAUAUGUGAAGAGUAAUAUUAAUUCACAGAGUACUGUAAAUGGUGAAUGACAGAAAAAAAGAAAUCUGCUCUGCAGAAAGAAAGAGCUGUCUCUACAAGGUUAAGAGAAUAAGCGCAUCGAGAACAGAGAACUUGUGAAAACCACCCAUCAACAGGAAUGCACACCUGUACAUACAUGCUUGAGAAAGCUGCAAUGUGAAAAUCGUUAUUUUCUAUUUAUGAACUUGUCCUUAGGUUAAUGUGUCUGGACAGAUUGUGGGAGUAAGUGACUGCUAAGAAUUAGAUACUUGUCCCUGCCUAUAGCUGCAGUUGAACUGAAUGGUACUUUGUAUGUUAAUAGUUGUUGUUCUGAUCAAUUAUACAGUUAAAAAUAAAGUGAUGUAACAUCUUGUUACUGAGA